GCCGCUCGCUGCAGCUUGUAGGAAGGCUGAGUUGGACAUCCAACUCCGCCCACAUCCAACUCCGCCCAUAUCCAACUCCGCCUUAGGUCUAAAGCAACACCCACGUUAUGUCCAUCACAAACGCCUACACUUCCUCCCGGUAAACAGGAACUGUAGCCGAGAAAGCAGCUAAAGCAUUUAUCUGAUUUAUAUCUCCGGUUAUGGCGCAUCCAACAUAUGUCCAGGCCACUCCUGACCCUUCACGGUUUUGCCAGUGUGGUGUCUUCAAAUGCCCCUGCUGCAGUUUUGACACUGACCAGCGAUUUAAAUUCAGCCUACAUCUACAAAACCACAUCAAACAAGCAGUAGAGCAUAACGGUUCCUUCAUCUGUAAAUGCAGCAAUAAUUGCAGACCCACAGCACACUUUCAUUGUGUCUAUUGCAGCCAGACAAUAAUACGCAAAGACCAGUUCAGACAUCAUGUGUCUCUGUGCAGCAGUGCAACCAAGACCCCUAUAGCAGAAGUGUUUAAUCCACAGACUGUUGCUGCUUCUGAUGCAUGUCCAGCUCCCCCUCCGCCAGCUAGUCCUGAUACACCUUCUCCCAGUUCUGGUCUUGCAUCCUCUGUGCCACCUCCGCCACCACCACCGCCGACACCUCCACCACCUCCACCACCUCCGCCACCACCUCCACCACUCCAGAGAGAGAAGAAAGCUACAGUGAUGUGUAGUCACUGUGGAAUCAUCCUUAAUAGACGAAACCUACGACUGCACAUCCUAAGACGACAUGCUCCUAUAAAAUCAGACAUAACAGCCAGGAACCACCUCAGUGCUCAUUGUGUUGACUACAAAAAUGGUGUGUUUGCAGUCUCAAAGUCUUUCACGGCACCCAGCACACCAAUACAUGUCAUUAAAAGGACGUGGGGUCCUGACCAAAAAAUUAAAUGUGAGAUGGACAUCUGCAGAAUUAAUGCAGAGUGUGCAGAGAGAUCAAAUCUCCGUCCAUUUGAGUGCCACCACAUUCAAUCCCUCACGUACUGUCCACCAUCCGAAUCAGACACUUCAUCUCUCACAGAAGACGUUUUAGAUACUAUGGUGCGAGACAAGUGGUUUGGUGAGGAUAAAAAACAAAAAUGUUUGGCACGUCAGCAAGAGGCAAAUGAUGUGGGAGCCAAGUUAUCAUGUGUGGUGACUGUGUGUGGACCUCCCUCCAAAAAGUAUGUUUCUGUGUUUGAGGGAAAGAUAUCGUAUUAUAGCAGACUUGGUAGAGUCAUGGUCACAUAUGACUCUAAAAACAUUUCAUGGCAUUGCCCAUGUGCAAGACCAAGACAGUCCUGCAUCCACAAAAUGAUUGCCAAGUGGCAUUUGUUUGAAACUGACCCCACACUCUUCAGAAGAACCAGAAGUGUGGAAGAAAACUUAACGCAACAUUUUCCCACUGAAGUUGAAGGCACUGAUCAAGCCGAACAGAGCCAAUACCCACCUGAGGGCAAAAAUCUUUCAAGGAUGGUUCAGUACAUUUUUCACAAGAAGAAACUGACUGCAGUGCUACCCCCAGAUGUGGUCAAGACCAACAAUUUUCCUGAGCAUUUCAUACCAUCAGAAACCUUCUGCACAGAAUGUUUAGAGCAUACUCCUCUAAGUGAACCACUGCUCAUAUCAUCAAAGGCCAAAAUCUUGACCGUCACAGAUGUGAUAGAAGGAAUUUCUACGUACAGCAAAUUGUGCUACAGAUGUGGCAUGGUAUAUCGAUACCAGGAAUGGUCUGAUGGCGUCCAUAAUUUUGAUGACCACAUACUUCUGUCCAUGUACAUGUGCCAUUUCUUACGCAACAGUCUUCAGACGCACCAGGCUGUUGGUAGUGCCAUUGAAGUGUUGGAGAAAACCUCUGGUAAAACCUAUCCUUCCAAGCAAAGGAUCCUGCAUGCCUACUUGAGCUUUGAAGCACUCUCAGACCUCACUUACACAUAUUCAUGUGUAUCGUGUGGUUAUCAUCCAGCAACUGUUGUGAUGGACCUUCAUAAGAAGGGUGUUUUUAGCAUGCCUGUAAGCAGCAUUGAGGAACCGCCACAGAACUUUGAUGGCAAAGUGAAUGCUAAGGAUUUCUGGGAAAUGGUUUCUCUUGAAAUGAUCAGUCGUGGGUUUGUUCAAAGUCCUAAGGCAAAUCCUUUUGUGGUCCAUCCCAGUUACCAUAAUUGGGCACCGUGGAUUGGUCCUCACACUAGAGGUUCGGAUUUUGUACUCAAUACAGAGUACAAAAAAGUCCAUUCUCCUUAUAGUGCAGUGAAGGAAGCAGAGUUUGACCUCACAGAGGACCGACUGACCGAUGAACUUCUUAAGCUCAAGAUGGAAGUUGUGCGUCCUCUGUGCAAGCAGUGUGGCAUAGACCCCAAGGGCUCACGGAUGGACUUGGUUGGAAGACUGCAAAAUGAAAUGAAGAACAGAGCAAGUUAUGACAAGGUGUUUUCACUCAUACAAACAAUUGGUGGAUGGGCUGUGGUCACCUGUCCUUGUGCUGUGGUGUACAGUGUAAAAUUUAACAUAAGAGCUGAGAGCCCAAGGGACUUUGCUGAUCUGUUGCUGUCAAUGAAACAUUUUCCAAAUGUUUCAUUGUAUGAUUUUGCCAGAGGGUUGGCUACACAUACAAAUUUACGCAAACCGGAAACAUUGCCUUUCAGUCCUUAUGAGGGUAGGCUGCUUGAACCCACUGAAGAAAACAUCACACUUGCCACUACUGGGCAGAUAAAAGUAAACUUGCCGUGGCUGGUCAACAAGAAGCCUGUACCUGAUAAAAAUGCCCACCCUCUGACUGGAUCAUCUGAGCAUUAUGCUCUUUAUGAUCGAUUUCAUGAGGCUAACUCCAAAGAUGUCCGGGAGGUCUUGCGCAAGUUGGAACUGGUCCCAGAGUUAUGUGGUUGGGUCAACAGCCAAUGUGCCGAACAGCUCUUCUCUGGAAUGAAGAAAAACAAUCAUUUUCUAAAUAUGAUGACUCCCUCGUCACACGUCUUUUUGAUGCGAAGCAUUUUGAAUCACUACAACAACUAUAGGAAUUUAAAAACAUUAGAAAACAUGAAGAAGAAUUUGGGCAUUGGACUGGACAUACAAUUGAACAACUACGGUCAGACAGUGUUGGCAGCAGCAGAAGCUCCAGCUGAUAGAGCAGCAGCAGCAGAAGCUCCGUCCGAAGGAGCAGCAGCAACAGAAGCUCCAGCUGAAAGAAUGAUUCAAGCUGCUGCAGCAGUCCAUGGACCUGUGCCAUCCACUGGAUCAGCAGGGGAUAUAGUAGUGUGCAAUGAUGACUGUUGGGGACUAUCGCAUCUGGACCACAUAAGUGCCAAACUCGCGACUGGGGACUUGGAGAAAAGGCUUGCUUAUGUGCUGGAUCCCACAAAAUCAGAUACUGAGUGGUUGGGAUUCCUGGGCACCACUGUUUUAUCAAGAUGGGACUUCCUGACCUUAGGAUUAAAGCAACAGUUGGAAGCAAAAAUUGCCAACUGUUGCUUUGAGAUGGUCUGCAGGUUUGCCAGGGAAAAGGUCUGUAAAGAGCAAUUUGGUUACAAUAGAAACAGUAACGUAUCUUUACUUAAAAAUAGUAAGACUUGCUGUUUUAAUUUAAGUUUAUGUUAUCAGGGAAAAGAUGUUCACGCAGUGGAUGCCUACGUUGUUGCCACCUGGCAUCCACCUUGCCAACAAGACCCUUUUCUUGCUCUUCCUGAUGAUGCUGCAUUCAAAGACUGCAUCCUGUUCCCUGUGUGGAAACCUGAACACUGGUUCCUCUGCGUAAGUAUUUCAAUAUAUUUGUUGGGUCGCUUUCUUGUUUGCAACUGAAACAUGUAUUGUUUCUGUGAACACUGAUGUAAAUUCAUGCAUUGUUGCUAAUGGAACAGUUCUGUGCCAAAAAUGUCUACAGAAAUGAUGUGAGCUUGAUUCAGCAGUCAGACUGAACCACAAAAUCUGGUUCACACAAACACUCAUUUCUUUGAUUAAUAAUUUUCCCUGUCAUUGUUUAGUGUUUGCUUGAAUUAGUAUAUUUACAGGUUCAUCCUUUCACCAUGGCUUGCAUUUGUGAAUCAAAAGUAUAGAUUAACCUUCACUACAUUAUAGUCAGUUUGUGUACUUCACAGGUCCUGAUGCCGAAACUUUUUAGGAUUUAUCAGCUUGACUCAGCUAACCCUACUGGUUCUGGAGACACGAGCAGUUUGACUAUUUUCAGGUUUAAUGUUGACAAAAAAGUAGCUGUUCAUUGUUCUGUUCUGGAAAAAAAAUGUUCCCUUUUUUAUGACUGAGUUCUUAAAGUAAAAUGUUUGUGCUCUUCUCUCUCUUCCUGCAUGUUCUGAAAGUCAUAGACAGCUGUCUUCUAAUUACUGAUUUAAUUACUUGAAUUAAAGUUGCACAUUAAAAUAAAGUUGCUAUUUUUUAAAUAUAUGGCUGUUGUCUAUGGCUUCUGGGUUUGGUGGUGGUUCUAAGCUGUCCUAAGUUGUUCAUACUGAGUUCUGCGCUGUUUGAAGAGUUUUCUUGUAUUGUACAGUUUUUCAGCUUUUUGUGUCUUUUGCAGCUCAAUUGCAAUACGACUGGCAUGGAGUCAAAUUGGGGUCUUUAAUGCUGACGAGAAAAUAAAACUGUCACAAAAAAAAUCUCCACGAAUUGCAAAAAAAAUCUAAUUUUGCAAACAAAGAAGAGAACAUAAGUUACCUUUUUUCAAUUGUAAUAUUUUUUUUAGAAUUAAUCUUUUGCAAAAACACUUUUUCUUUGCGUUUUGCACUUUGCGUUCCUUUUUUCUCUUUGCAAUACUUUCCCUCCUUUGCGUUCCUCCGUUUUGUUUGCGAGUCUAUUUUGACCCCUUUUUGACGUGGGG